AUGAAAUGUACGGAGAAUACAUAUAAAAAUAUUAUUCCUAAUUUACAGACACAAUUAUUCCUAAAAAUAGGGAAGUGGAUUCAAGAAAUUGUUAAAGGAAUGACGAAGAAGUAUGAUAAGGAUGUAAUUACUGAAGCAACAUGUGAAAACAUAGGCGAGACAGAUCAGGAGAAAAAAGUAUGCACAUUCAUAUUGCAGAAUUUAUGGAAAAUAAAAGAAAUGAGCAAAAUUCCAUGUGAAAGCAGAAGUGCUGAGGAAGUAUUGAGGGAUUAUGUGCACUGCACGACACUGAACUUAUGGAGAGCCAUGUACAUAUCUGAUCACUGUGAUAAGAACCGUGUUGUGGAGAAUGUAUACAAUGCAAUGAAGAGUAUGGGCGCAACAUUUAGUAGGCCGGGUACAUGUAAUGUGUGUGAAUAUAAGGAGUUAGGUGCUAUGGAUAUAGUGAAUGGUAAUCUCAAUGUGCUGAACACUAUUUAUAGUUCUAUAAAGGGAAAUAAUGAAGUUAUGAAUUUAAUAAAUACAAACAUAACACCUCAGAAACAAUGUCCGGGGCAGGAUGAUCCUCUAACCAAAUUAGGUCUUUCGGGUAAUAGUAAUAACGGUAUGAGGACUUCAGGUCUAAGAACAACAAUGAAUGAUCACCAACAAUCAAAUCAACAACCUUCGAACGAAGCAGGGAAUGUUGCACGUAGUGCAGAACCUGGAUCAAACAAUAAAACUUUCAAUGGUUUUCAAAGUGGGGGGGAAUAUGUAUUUACUCUCACGCGAGGAAAACCGAGCGGAAUGACAAUAACGCCUGUUGCAGGUGGAGGGUCAAUAGAACAUGGUGGUGCCGUAAUUAUGACAUUCGGUACAGAUGCAGCUCUUCCGGGCACUGAUGAUAUGUCGAAUGGAGUGAUUCCAGUGUCAACAACAAGAAGUCCAACAGGAUCACCAGGAGAUGGGCAAAAAACAAGUCUUUCACUAGAACCGAAUGUAGAAGUGGGGCCUAUGGGGGAUCCAUUUACAGAUUUCCUAGUAAAAUGGAUAGAAAGAAGGGGCAUUUGGGAUGAUGAGGGAUUCAAAAAAAUAUGGGAUGAUUUAAGAGGAAUGUCAGAAAAACUAAUAAAUGCGUUGAGUAAGGAGGAUGAAAUAAUAAAAGAGUUCUGUGAGAACGACCUGGAAGAUGAAAUUCAAAUUGAGGAUAACCAUAAAUCAAUGUGCAAGAAUUUAAUGAAAAUAUUUUAUUUUAUGCAAGGGUUAAGAACAGAGGGUAUGGAUGGAGUAAAGGGAAAUGAAGAGGAAGAGAAGGAAAAGGCAUUUAUGAGGUGUAUUGUAGGAUCUGUAGCCAUGUUCAAAGUAUUCAAGAAGUACUGCUGGUUCGAAGAUUAUUUGGACUACGCAUUAAGAGUAACAGAACCACAGAGGGCAGCAUUGGGGGUUCCUGACAGUUAUGGAAAAUGUGCAUGGAUGAAUUUCGAAGAAGUAAGAAUAGGAACAAAACUAAUUGGGGAAAGAGUAGCGCAAUGGAUUGAAGAGAAAGAAUCCGUUGUUGCAGGCUAUGGGAAUCUAAGCAAAACUAAUAAUGCACCGUGGUGCAUGAAUUCAAGGGUUACCAAAGAAAAAAAAAAGAAUAAGGAAAAGGGAGAAAAUAGAGCACAGGAAUGGACAGAAGGGAAGGAAAUGAAGGAAGUGCAGGAAGUAGUGGAAAAUGGAACAUAUAUAACAGGGGAAAGUCAAAAGAAUUUAUUCCUUAAAAUAAAGGAAGGGAAAUUGCAGGGUAUUAAUAAAAUUGAAGAGGAAAUAAACAAAGAAAUACAGAGACAAAGAACCCCACCACCAAGCAUCCUCACAGGGGAAUGUGCAAGUGCAAAUUUUGAGGAGGGGGAGGAAGCACAGUGGGAUGAGCUGUUCACGAAGUUCUCCAAUAAUCCAACUGAGAAGGAAGAUAGUAAGGACUAUAAGUACAGUAAACUAGAGAUGUUGUUUCCUUGGUGUGAUGAAAUUAAGGAUGAGGACAAAGGUAAUAUGGGCAGGUACCAAGAAUUUUGCAAAGUUCUGUUAAAGAACUUACUGAUGGUGAAUAAUAACCCAUAUUAUUGUGAAAAAAAUAGUUCCACACACACGGGCCAAAGGAAAGCAUGCGUAGGGAAGUGCGAUUUAUUAAAUAUCUGGUUAAUGUAUGUGAGAGAUCAUUGUGUUCCGAGUGAAGUUAUUAAGUAUGUCUUCACAGGAAUGCACAGUAUGAAAGAUACAUUACCAGGUACAGAGAAAUAUGCAAACUGUGCAUACCUGUCUAUUAAGAAUCUGUGGAGGGAUGGCAACGAUAUGUUGAACUUAAUAAUGAAAUGGAUGCAAGGGGGGAAAUGUGGGAGAAAGAUGGACGACGUAGACACAAAAGGAUGGUGUAAAGGAGGAGGGAAUAAGCUCAGUAAUGUAAAGCUAAGUCGAAAGGAUAAUGCUAAUUGGGAUAAUAAUGCAAAUGCAGCAUUAAAUGAAUUCAUGGAGGAAUUGAAGGAGGGAUCCGAAAUAGUGAAUAUAUUGAAAGCAGAUCAAGGAAAUUUUGGAGAUAAAAUUAAAGAAGUGAAGAAGAAGGUAGAGAUGAAGAAGCAGUCUCUCUUAGACUUUGGUCCAUCACUCCCCGCCUCCGACGGUAAGGAGGAGAAAGGGGGUGAGGAAAGUCAAGAAAAAGGAACAAAAAAAAGUGACUCAGAGAAACCAGCACACGCAGUACCCAUACCAGAGAAACCACAACCAAAACCAGCAGGGACGAAGGACACUGCUCAAACAGAGGACACAGGUAAGAGUACAACAUCUCCUAAAAAGAAACCUACUAAGGAGCAGUGUGCUAGUGGACAGGUAGAUGGUGACGGGGAGGAAGCUAUGAAAUGUCUUAGUCUGGACGGAGAUGGUGAUCCGCUAUCAACAGAACCAUCCGUUGCUCUUCCUGAUGAGGACCAGGAAGCUAAACCUGGAGGGGUUGGUCCUGUUGGUAGAGCAGGUAGUUCACCAGAUGAUAGUAAUCCUCAAGGGACGGUUGACCUAAAAGAUCCACAAAUAGAUAUAAAGGUUCCCAAAGUGGAUAUAUCACGCCCGAAGGUAGACAUAUCGGUUCCCACUGUAGGAGAAGGGAGUCCGGCCGCAUCAACUCCUCAUACUCCACAGGCACCGGAUAAUGAAAUGAAAGUUAGUGCAUCUCCCCCAACGCCGGAAUUAACAUCAGGGGGUAUAAGCUCAGGAAAAGCAUUUCCAUCAACGAAAACUGCAAUACAUAAUCCAUCACCCCGAAUUCAACCUGGAACCAGGGAUGAAGAGAAUAUAGGGGACUCUACCAUCCCCUCUAUUCCCUUAAUCCCUGUCUUCAUUGGAACUGUCGUUAUUGGUUAUCUUCUUACCAAGUACUUUGGAAUGCUUGGUAAGGGAAGAAAGCGUUACAGAAGAGCUCCUCAAAUACGUGGUCCUCCUUUAGAAGAACAACCUCUUGAUUACGUGGAUCAGCAGGAUGGUCCACAUGAAUAUACCUUAGUAAGGGAACGAAAACAACCAAGAUCAACACCACAGAAAAGAAGGAAACAAGUUGGUAAGCGUGGUGUAGGUCGUCGUACCAUUAUUGAUAUUCAUUUAGAAGUCUUAGACGAAUGUCAAAAGGGGGACACCAAACUGGUUCAGGAGGACUUUUUUGAAAUUUUGGUUCAAGAAUUUAUGGGUUCCGGCUUUAUAGAAGAAGAAAAUGCUCCUAAAGAGAAGGUUCUAAGUUCAUAUUCCGGGUUUAGGGAGGAAGACUUUUUUCCGUAA